CCACAGCGCCACCCGAAUCCCACAAAAUAAGCUAUAGUGGUUGUUAAAUAUAGUAAGCUGUUACCUAUAUUUUCUGGUGUUUUUAUACUUAUAUAACACACUUGGGUAAUUGUGUAAUUUAAGUGAUUGACUGCAUUGGCCGAAGACAGUUACGAGAAAAUAAAAUUGUUGGGUGGGAGAGUUCCUAUAAGGAAGUGGAAGCUUUGGCAGAAAGUUACUGUUUUAAUAGCUAAUGCUGAUUUGUGUGCAUUUCAGUAUUCCAUUUGCAAGGUUUAACACCUUGCAAAUACAGUGUAUUAAAAUAUGGCCAGAUAUUAUCUGUUUCCAUAGCUGUAUAAAGAAUAAACUUCCUUUCUUUUUGAGAAUUGGAAAUGAGCACAAUAGUUAGCAUGGCCAGGUCCUGUCUUGCUGCUGUGCCACAACAGCUCUCCAUAUAUCCAUUUCAUACACCAGAUGUUUUAAGGAUUACCCCCCCCCCAUCCCCCUGUUCAAUAUUGGCAGAAUAUUUUCACAGCCCCACCAAACGUAUUCCCAUAAACUUUGACAACUGUAUGUUGAAUCAGGCUCUGCUUUGGCAGUGAUGGCUCUCUUUGAGCAAGGCAACUUAACUUUCAAUACAAGUUUUCUCCAUGUUUAACUUUUUGUAUGGCUGGUGCCCAUUACCUGCAAAUUCAGUAAGUCCUGUUCUUCUCCACUGCCUGCCUUAAAGCACGUAGCAGCCUAGUCAAGAGGGCAGGAUCCUCAUAUCUCUAAAAUGCAGUUAUCUGUUCAUUCCAAAACAGUGCCUGUCAUCUUUUUAUUGAAGAGAUGAGUUGCAAUUUGCUUCAGGCACUUUAGAACAGGGCUGGGCUUAGUCCUCUGUAUUUUAAGCUUUGUGUUGAGUAUUAAAGUAACACAAAGUACAAAGCUUGAUGAAUAUUCAGGUAGAUGUAGAACACCCACGGUAAAUCUAUAAAAAAAGAUAGCAUAUUCUUGAAGCACUCAGCUCGAAACAGUACACAAAGAGUGAUAGAAAAAUGGUGUCCUAGCUACCGGUAAUGUGAUUAUGUGCUUGAACAAGAUAUACCAUUUGUAGAUUUAUUACUUAGGUGCACAGAAGUCAUGCCAUAAUUCAGUACUAGGGAGGGACUGAACACUCACUUUCAUAUGCGAUGAAACAUAUGGUAGGGAUGGAUUGCAAAAAAGAAGAGAAUGUGUGACACUAGCUUAUAUUUCAGACCUCUGUUUUUGUACCAAAAACAUCCAUAUUAGAUUACUAGUAUUGUGUCUCUUGUAUUAUUGGCAUCCCCUUGAGGCAAAAUUUAAACCUAGGAUGAGUUACAACUUGAAAAGGAACGCAAAUCUUGGUGCUAGAAUCUGUUUCUUAGUUGUUAUCUGUUUAAUUCUUUAAAAUGUUUCUUACUCUCUUUUAAUGCUUGAGUUAAUGAUGAUCCAUCAAAAUAUCUGUUCAAUGCAUCUAUUGUUUUUAGUUUUUUUAAAAAAUUGUGACAGUCAGAACAAAGUAGCAAACUGCUAUUAUGCACAGCAUAAUAAUUAAUAAUUUCACUUUCUCAUGCCUCCUUCACCUGAUGAGUACAGGAAUCAUGCCACCUUAGAAUUAAUACAUUCUGUGUAUAUGUAUAAUCAGUUGAAUUUUACCAAACAUCUGUAGGCUGAUUUGCAUACAUCUCUAGUUGUGCUCCUAUGGAGUGCCAAAUUUGUGUCAAAUCCCCCACCCUCACUCUGCGUUGAGACCUACACCAAUUUGUCCCGUGCAGACAGCAGAAGAGUAUAAUUAAAUUCUUGAGUUUUUGGCAUUUAUAAUAGUUUUUGCAUAGUUAUUUCUAUCCCAAGUCCAUCAAUUGUUGUUGUUUAGUCGUGUCCGACUCUUCGUGACCCCAUGGACUAUAGCACGCCAGGCACUCCUGUCUUGCACUGCCUCCCGCAGUUUGGUCAAACUCAUGUUCAUAGCUUCGAGAACACUGUCCAACCAUCUCAUCCUCUGUCGUCCCCUUCUCCUAGUGCCCUCCAUCUUUCCCAACAUCAGGGUCUUUUCCAGGGAGUCUUCUCUUCUCAUGAGGUGGCCAAAGUAUUGGAGCCUCAGCUUCAGGAUCUGUCCUUCCAGUGAGCACUCAGGGUUGAUUUCCUUCAGAAUGGAGAGGUUUGAUCUUCUUGCAGUCCAUGGGACUCUCAAGAGUCUCCUCCAGCACCAUAAUUCAAAAGCAUCAAUUCUUCGGCGAAAAUUGAUCUUCGGCGAAGGUCUGAUGCGCCCAGAGACAUCCAUAUGCAAAAGGAAACUUCUGCACACAGGCUCCGUGAUUGGUUGUCUCAGAUAUGUCUCAGGCCAGUAUUUUUUUUUAAAAAAAAAUGCCUGUGAAAAAUCACUUAGAAAGUCAGCAUUUGUUUCUUUUCAAAAUAGCAGACUGUAAUUUAAUUAUUCUUCCUUUGGUUGAUAUAAUCUCACACUCCGUGGCCCAUUCCUUCAUUUGUGCUAAGAAUAGGUAAAGGGACCCCUGACCAUUAGGUCAAUUCGUGACCGACUCUGGGGUUGCGCGCUCAUCUCGCAUUAUUGGCCGAGGGAGCUGGCGUAUAGCUUCCAGGUCAUGUGGCCAGCAUGACAAUGCCGCUUCUGGCAAACCAGAGCAGCACAUGGAAACGCCGUUUACCUUCCCGCUAUAGCAGUUCCUAUUUAUCUACUUGCAUUUUGAUGUGCUUUUGAACUGCUAGUUUGGCAGGAGCUGGGACCAAGCAACGGGAGCUCACCCCGUCACAGGGAUUCGAACCGCCGACCUUCUGACCAGCAAGCCCUAGGCUCAGUGCAUUCUUCUCUUUCAAAAUUGUUACAUUGUCAUUCUACUUCAUUGUAAAGGGGGGGGCACUCUUAGUAUGUGUUGUUGUUGUUGUUGAUGAUGAUGAUAAGCAACUGGUGGUGUAAAGGGAUCUAGUUUUAAAACAAGAUGCAAUAAACUCUGAAGGAUGCAAGAUAUUUUUACACUCAACAUUUCUGCACAUUUCAUUGUUAUUUGCAUAAACUAGGCAUGCAAGGAUUGAAUUUAAUGUAUGGGGAGGAAUAUGCUAUUCUCUGAAGUAGGUAGGUUGGUAGUAAUGUAAUGCUCAAGCAAUGCCAGUGUUUGUUUCCUAAAUUCUGUUUGUCCCUGAGUUAUCACGCUUCCUGCAGUGAAAUAUAUCAUAUACGUAGAUGCUUGAUCCUCAAUCCUCAGAAUUAAAGCUCAGAGUGCCAUCUGACCUUGGGUUUUGCCUUAGGUAUGUAAGAUACAAAACAAAGGUUUUACUGUAUUAAAGUGUUACAGGCCUGGUGAAGAGAGUUGAUACUGUUCUCAUCCCCACUUUACAGUCAGUGUUAGAAACUGAGUUGUGAAAGCUAGGAGAUAAUUGUCACCUUAAACCUAGGUUAUGGGCACAACAACGGAAUGUCUAGGCACACUUUUGUUAUAACGAAUAUAAAUCUGAAAAUGAAUGAACUGCAGCUAAAAUAUUAUGUUUACUUUUCACAUGGUCCAGUCCAGGCACUGGCAACCUCUGGCCCAUGGGCCUGAUAUGUCCCACGGAGGCUGUUUAUCUGGCCCACGAGCCACCCGGUCACCGAUCCGCCCGGUCACCGACCUGCCCGCUCAGCAAGUCCCCCGCCUGCUGCACUAAACCAGCAUGAUGCGGCGCGGGGACUCGCUGAGUGGAUGCCAGAAACUGCGUCUGGGAAAUUGCUUCUGUGCCAGCGCGAUUUUUGGCGCCUGGGCAUGCGCAGAAGCGAUUUUUGGCGCUGGGGACACGCACAGAUGUGAUUUCUGGCAUCACACUGUGCGUGUCUGGCCCAAGGACAUAAGCUUGCCGACACCUGGUCUAGUCCUUCCCAAUCCCACCCCCCUAAUAUUCUUAAGGGGGUCUCUUCUCCAGUCUUGAGAGAGUACCUGGAAGUGGGGAGGCAGGAAAAGGUCCUCCUUUCCUUCCACUCUGCAGUUUUAAUCUGAAAUCUUAGGUGCAGUACUGCGCCCAGAGCUCAGAAACUGCUUGCCCUAAUGAAAUUCCCUGUUGCAAAAUGCGCCUAGAAUGAUGGGAGUUUUGAACACUGUUUGCAGUGCUUUUUCUGUAUUUUAAACUUUAUAGAACAAAUUUUUUUUGGCAUGCUUCCAUUAGAGGAUUCUGAAAACAAGCAUAGAUUUGCAGUUACUGUAAGUCCAGUGUGUUAUGUUGUACUUUCAUAACUUUCUAGAAUGCAGUUUUGUGUGUCAUCAUUUAGUGACUGAAUAUGUCACAGGGAAGCUUGAACUAUUGUAGUUUGUUGAUUUCCUUUUUGCUAAAAUUGUCAGUGGCAAAAACGCAUUAUAAGUAAUGACAACAUUAUUGUUUACGUAUAUUGCAGGGCUUCCUUUAAUACCUGGCAUCUAGAGGAUUUUAAGAAUGAUGAAUAGUGUGUGUGCAGAGCGAAACUACUGUUAAGGCAGGUUAAGCUUCAGUGAAUUUGUUUGAAGGGCACAAUAGGAACUAACUGUGUUAGCUGCAUUACACAAGGCUUGUAGUGGACAUAAUUCUUCAAAACCUUUUCUGUCAGCAAGACCAAUCAUCGUUCAUGCGUUUGAACUGUGUCCGGAAACUACACAACCUCCCUCCUGCUGUCUUUAAACUGACCUUUCUGAGUGCACAGAAUAUUUCCUGUGAAAGUAUUCUAAUAAUUGUGAUCACGAAACGGUUCUAGGAUUGGGGGAAUAAACUAUAUGUUUGUUUUAAGAGAAGAGUAAAAUUUACUCACCAUCAAAAAGACACAGAAAUUUUAAAUUAAGGAAUGGACCUACCCGUAUAUUCCGGCAUAUAAGACGACUGGGCGUAUAAGACGACCCCCAACUUUUCCAGUUAAAAUAUAGAGUUUGGGAUAUACUCACAGUAUAAGAAAUAUGACCCGGCGUAUAAGACGACCCCCAACUUUUGAGAAGAUUUUCCUGGGUUAAAAAGUAGUCUUAUACGCAGGAAUAUACAGUACUCUUGCAGCGUGUAAAUAGUAAACAUAUUUCCUCUUUCAUGUAAAAUAAUGUGCUUUUACAUUCUAAAACUUUGCUUCUGGCAACUGUCCUCUACCGAAACUUACUUUGAGUUGUAGAGCACAAUUUUGUGAAUGUUCCAGCGAAAGUGAAACAAGUAUUACUGGAACUUAAUACAGUGGUACCUCUGGUUAAGAACUUAAUUCGUUCUGGAGGUCCGUUCUUAACCUGAAACUGUUCUUCAUCUGAAGCACCACUUUAGCUAACGGGGCCUCCUGGUGCCACCGCGCCGCCGGAGCACGAUUUCUGUACUCAUCCUGAAGCAAAGUUGUUAACCCGAGGUACUAUUUCUGGGUUAGCAGAGUCUGUAACCUGAAGCGUUUGUAACCAGAGGUACCACUGUACAGUGGUACCUCUACUUACGAAUAACUCUACUUACGAAUGUUUCUACUUAUGAAUGGAGCUCUGUCCGCCAUCUUCGAUGCAGUUUAGAUAGGAUUUUUUCUACUUACGAAUUUUUAGAUUGGGUUGCUUCUACUUACGAAUUUUUUCUCCCAAUGCAUUCCUAUGGGAUUCAACUUACAUUUUUUUUUACUUACAAAUGUGCAUUCGGAACGCAUUAAAUUCGUAAGUAGAGGUACCACUGUACUGCUGUUUUCUGCUUGUAAAUUUUAUAACCAUUUAAGCCUGUUGCAGAACCCAACCCUAUGUAUGCUGACUCAAAACUGAGGGGCUUCCCCUCCUCUUUUGUCUUGCUAAUUUUGAGGUCUUCUCACACUGAUACAGAAACAAGUGCCCUAAUGCCUGUCUGUUCCCAGUUUUGCAUAUUCCCUACAACUUUGUGUCCCCUUUCCUAGUUUAUCCUUGCAAGUUUAUACCAUUCAUUCUCAACUUGAACGAAAGCAGUUUGCCCAGUGCCCAUUCUUCUGAUUUGUGGGUUCUCUCUACAUAAGAGCAUUCUUAAUUUGUGAUAAAGUACGGUAAGACCAGGUUUAUAAUUCCUCUGGCUUUUGCAAACCAAAAAAACCCCUACUUCCAGAAGCCUGAUACAAGCCUUGAGCUACAAACGCCUCAGGUUACAAACACUUCAGGUUACAAACUCUGCUAACCUGGAAGAGUUACCUCGAGUUGAGAACUUUGCCCCAGGAUAAGAACGGAAAUCGUGUGCCGGCAGCGCAGUGGCAUCAAGAGGCCCCAUUAGUGAAAGCUCCAGUUAAGAACAGUUUCAGGUUAAGAAUGGACCUCCGGAAAAAAUUAAGUUCGUAACUAGAGGUACCACUGUAGUGUGUUUGUAUGGGGAGAUGGGAGGCAGAGGAACAAAGAACAAAAUGCCAACAGUGCCUUGGAAUGAAGGACAUUAUCUGUGAAGGAUCUUGUAAAACCAGAUCUUUUCACUGAGAUACUAAAUCUUCAUUCCUGAGCCCUUUUGCUGCCUUCUUCUGAUACAGGGUGUAAGUGGAUGUUAAUAGUAUUCUUGUGACCCUUUAUGACCUCUUUGAAUCUGCCCCCAAGCGCUAGCUGUCUUUUGGUGGAGAGAAAAGUGGGAGAUGUUUAAAGCUACAGCUACUGAGAUGUUGCUGAAUUAGUGAUUACUGUUGGCACAGUUCAAAUAUGCAAGAAACAAUGUUGUUUACAUAAGAGGAAGAAAAGGUUCCUGCCCUGGAAAAAAUACCUUGCAAUGUACAUUUCAAGAGUGGGGGGACCUGAUGGGGUGAAGGGGAUAAGAAUGAGAAAAUGAGAAGCCAAGAUGAGCCUGAGUGGACAUGAGUCUAAAUUUCUGUCAGAGAUUAAGUUUUAAGGGGGGGGGGAAUAUGUGUUUUCAAUGGGUAAUUGUAAGCCUUAUAGUGCACAUGUCUACUUAGAAUUUAUUCCCAUCAAGUACAAUGAGAUAGGAUUGCAAUCUUAAUGACUCACCACCAUCAGAGUUGAGGCAGUCGCUCAGGGAAAAGGGAAUACACUCCCCAAAGAGGUCCACAUGGUGUCUUCUUUGCUAUGUGUUAAGGGUCAGGGUUAGGAACUUUUAGGUGCUAAUCAUUACUGAACAAUCACUUGAUUUUUAUUUUGCUUAAUGUGCUUAAUUUUUGUCAGCGUCGCUUGUGUAGGUUCUCUGCUGUUCACUUGUGUUCACUUGUGUUCCCCCACAUCCUCCCCCCAUCUACCUAUCUUCCCCUUUCCUCCCCAAUGUCUCAGCAAAUGAAACUGAUUUGUAAAAAUGUUAUGAGAGACAUUCCACAUAUCUCUGUAAACCAAGAAAACCUUUAAUAAAAAAUAAAAAAAACAAUAACUUGAUUUUUAUCUAAUGAAAACUUGCAUAAGGGGAACUUAGCUUGUUUUUUCCUGGUUUAAUGUGUCACUGUGUGGUGUUGCUUUUAUUUUCUUUUGCUGUUUGCUCAAUUUGAUAUUGGCAUUUAAAAUAUAUUCCUGUUUUAUCAAUAUUUGUUGUGUGCUGCUUAAGAAAAUUUUGCUUAUAAUUGAAAAGUCCAAUAUAAGUUUUAAAGCAGCUAUAUAAAAUAAAGUACUAUAUACGGUAAUAAGCUAUAAGGCCAUGGGGUGUGUGUUUUCAGAUCACCCUUUGCAUGAGUAUUCAAAGCAUCCCAAGCUGCAUUUUAGGCUUUUUGGUUGUAGUGUACUUAUGGCCUUCCAGUUGUUGUUGUUUACAUUUGUAUAUCACCCUAUAUCCACAGAUCUCAGGAUGGUUCACAACAUAAAAUCACAAAAUAAAAACGUGAAGUACAUAAUGAAAAUAAAAACAAGAACAACCCAAUAAUCCAGGCCGCCUCAAGCCGGUCGGGCGCCCUGGCACGGAGAUUGCUCUGGCGCCCCCGCCCUGGUGGGCGGACGCAGCGUGCAGCACGGCUUCACCGCACAGCACCCUCCUGCCGGCCCGGCACCCUGGCGCCCCACACCACCGAGACUACCCCUAGAGCCGGGCCUACAAUAAUCCCCCACAUUUACAACAUGGACUGAAGUCAGGGAGUUGUAUCUUUCAGCCCUGAUUAUGCUUCAAGUAAUGACCAGAAUAAGGAUCUUUGGUGCAAAGAAGCAUUGAUAGAAGUUAUUAGUAUAUUAAUUAUAUGAUCCCAACAAAGAUAUUGUUUAUAUUCUUUACAACCUGUUUUGCAUACAGCACAUACCGGUAGUUAACGUAGAAAAACAUGUGCAAGGGAAAGAGGAAGUACAGUGGGCAACAAAGUUUUUAUAACAAUAUAUGCUAGUCAUUCAUGCCAAAAGCUUCAUAGUGAUUUAUUUGUUUUGAAGCAGUUUUGUUUGUCGACUGCAGUAGUAUGGAAGGGAGCCCUUAACCUGUCAAUAAAGCAAGCUUGCAAAUAUAUUUUCCUUGCUUUAGUUUAAAGGGACAUGCAGCCCAUGGGUUGACCAAUAUAAUAAAUUAUGAAGAUAUUAAGAGCAAUCUUGCAAUGAGGUCAGCAUGCAAAGGGCAUGAGCAUUCUAGCCAAAGUCAUGCAGGCUCCAUUGGUUUCAGUGGGAAAGACUGAGUACACUCAUAACUCUCAAAUCAGUGGGCUGCAAAGUGCUGAAAUUUGGCUGGCUAAACAAACCUUGUGAUGCAAUUCAGCACUUUCCCCAUUGCUUUCUAUUUGUGCUGACAUACGGUAUUAUCCUCUACUGCCACAUAUUGAGAUUGCUGUCCAUUUGGGGGUCCUUUAUUACAGUAUUUUCAUCUCAUGGAAAACAUUACUCACAACAAACAGUAUAUUUUAAUCAUUCUGAAUUCAUUACUGCUAGCUCUUGUUUCUAAGAUUUGCCAGAUACUGCUGGUCAUUUGUAUAGCUUUUCCACGAAAUCUAACUCACCUACAGAAUCCACAUGAAACAAGUUUUAUUCGAAACCCCCGCUAUUGAAAAUCUGUGAUGUGUAUCUUGGAGAUGUGUUUUCCUUAUGGCUCAAAAUUCUAGAUCCACUCCGCCCCCCCCCCCCUUUAGAUGGCUGUCUAAACCAGGGGUCCCCAAACUUACGUCGCCGAGGGCCGGUGCCGCCAGCACCAAUUGCGCUGUGGGCCGGAGCACGUGGGAGCGUGCACCCAUACGUGUGUGCACUCACGAUUUCCAGCACACUUCCAGGUCACUGGAACACCAGAAAUAGCUUGUGCGCAUGCACAUGGGCCUCCUCCGACCCAGAAGUGCGCCGGAAAUGACACUUGUGCAUGCGCGCAAGCUAUUUCCGACGCUCCGGCAACCUGGAAGUGGGCAGCCACACUGUUAAGAGCAGGCGGCAGCAGUGGGUGGCAGGGGCCGCAUAAAAGAGCCUCGCGGGUCGCAUCUGGCCCCCGGGCCUUAGUUUGGGGAAGCCUGGUCUAAACAAAACCACACAAACCUACCUUAUUACAUCACCUCCAGCCAGUUAAAGGGGAGGGAAACAUGUCCCCUUCUAGAAGGAUCUCUAGCUGUUACAAACAGGAUCCUUAGCAGACAUUGCCAGGUCUGCUUAACAAAGAAACUUGUAAUUCUUACAAGUCUGGCUGAUGAAGCAUUGAACGAAACAGAUUGGUUAUCCGGAAACUCUGUUCCGGUGAUAUUUGGUGACAGAUUAUGUAUAUAUUGAACUUUUGAAUUAUUGUACUGCAACUGGUGAAGAAGAUUUAGAGACUUUUGUUGCAAUUUCUGAUCAUUUGUAUUAGUCUAUAAAUAAUGUUUAGGGCCAUUGUUAUUGGCCAUCGUGUUUUGUUAUUUUGUUCAGCUUAACAAAGAAACUGAUCUGACCGUUUUAGUAACCACCCGUUUUUGCAGAUCCCAUUUUAGGGCUAUAAAACCAUAGAAUUUGAGGGGACCCCAAAACCCCAUUUAGUAUAACCCCAAUCUUACCACACUGAUAAGACAAGCCUCAUUUGUUCUUCGUAACAGUAAAUCUCAAUGUAUAAUGAACAACUUUCCAAAACAUAUAGUAGCUUGUCAUCUAAAGCACUCAAUCAUUUCCCAAGUGAUUAAACAAUUGUGUUAACUUCAGUGAAAUGAAAGUUAGUAGGUUAACCAUGAGAAGAGGAUUCUGUGGAUGUGAAAUAAGAGUAUGCUUUAUUGGCUUUAUUUAAAGAAAAGCAUUUAUAGAAAUGCUUGUAGUAUAAUAUACAGUGAGUAGUUGGCACAACCACCAUAUAAUCACACUCCUCAUGAUGCAACCAAAGUUGUGAGCUGGUAACUUCCAUAUUCAGCUGCUCUGGAAUAGCCUGCCACAAUGUGGGGGGUCAGUCUGUUGCAUAUUGGUGCAGGUUCCCACCGCCCCCAUUUAUGUCCGCACCUUUCCCAUCCAUCUCCGCACUGGAUUUUGGAAUGUUUGUCACUUAUGCUCCCACAGCUCUCUCUGAGUGCUGUAAUCUAAAACUUCUGAUGCAAGACAUCAUUGGCAAGUGUACAUUCCGUCAUAGGCCCAUUAAUUCUCUACAUUCGCGCCUGCUGAUGGUAGGAUCCUUUGCCCUGAUGUUUCGUUUCUUUCUAAUCCCAUCUGGGGGCUGGGGAGGAAGUCCCGUUGUACAAGCAGAUUUCAUCCCACUUGUGCAUACCCCAUUUAAUACUAUGUUGAAUUUCAUCAUUAAGGCCAAUUUUUCAUCACUGCCAUCUUUUUAAAUAGCUGUAUCUUUUAGGUCAGGGGUUGGGAACCUGCGGUUCUUCAGAUGUUGCUGGACUCCAGCUCCCAUCAGUUCUAGCCAGCUUGAACAGGGGACUAGGAUGAUGGGAGUUGUAGUCCAAAAACACCUGAAGGGUUGCAAAUACCCCAUCUGUUGUUUUUUUAACAGAAUAGACAGUUUCACCCCUAGACCCACCAAAAGGGUCUUUGGGCUGUUUCCUCUUGCCACACACCCACAUUCUCUUUCCACCUGAGACUUUUGCCCUGCUACCAUUAGAAUGUAAAAUUCAUGAGUUUGUAAUCCAAAUCCUUUUUUGGGGAAUGUUUUAGUGUGUGUUGGGGAACAGAAAAGGUGCACUGAAAGAUUCAAAGUCCUGCUCUUGGAAAUAUUACAGAUUUAAGUUGCAGAGUAUCAAAAGAAUAAUCAUGAUGUGGCCCUGUAAAAAGCAUUUGUCACAGUUAUCUUUUUGUAUAUUCCUCCGUCAUAACCAGAGAUAGAGUAAUCCUGGGGAAUAAUAGCAUCUGGUCUGAAUACAAUAGAGGAGGGGGCUGUGAACAACUGUCUAAGCAGCACACUAAUUCUAGGACCAAAGGCUUUCCCCACUGGACCCUAAUUCUUUAGAACCUGAUGGGCCUCUGGGGAGUCCUCUAUUGACAUGUAAAUUGGCCUGCCCUGUUAUUGCCAGUGGUAGGCACACUGCUGUUUAUCCCAGCUGUCCCUGUGUUGGGUGUCUGUUUGUUGCUUGGUCUUCAACGCCUAAAGAUGUUUUGCAAACACAUGGCUGAGAGGAUCCACUGUUUUCCAGAGCAUGGCAAUAUGUCUCACAUGCAGAAGAUGGCAUAGCAACGGAUCCAGUCUUCCACCAAACUGGGGUCCCUCUGUGCACUGCAGUUGGACUGAUGUGAAGCUUUUGUUUUGGACUGGAGGAGCUUGCCCACAGCUUGUCCUGAAAUCCAUUCUCUCCUAAUUCAUGAGCCAGCAGGAUGUGGUCGCCGUGCUUUCAGAACGCCUUCUCAUAGCUGCAUACAAAGGGCAACUGGAUAAUGUUGUGCAGCUUAUCAACAAGGGUGCCAAGGUAGCCGUUACCAAGCAUGGGAGGACACCUCUCCAUCUUGCGGCUUAUAAGGGUCAUCUCCGAGUUGCCCAGAUUUUGCUCAAAGCAGGCUGUGAUGUGGAUCUUCAGGACGAUGGUGACCAGACAGCUUUGCAUCGAGCGACCGUCGUAGGGAACGUAGACGUAAUAGCAGCUCUUAUCCGCGAAGGCUGUGCUUUGGACAGACAAGACAAGGAUGGGAACACAGCUCUCCAUGAAGCCUCUUGGCAUGGAUUCAGCCAGUCUGCCAAACUGCUUGUUAAAGGAGGGGCAAACGUUCUUGCCAGAAACAAGGCAGGCAACACACCACUACACCUGGCCUGCCAAAACAGUCAUUCCGAAAGUGUUCGGGUCCUGCUGCUUGGAGGCUCUCGGGCUGAUAUAAAAAAUAAUGCAGGAGACACGUGUUUGCAUGUCGCAGCUCGAUAUAAUCAUUUGCCCAUCAUUAGGGUGCUCCUCAGUGCUUUCUGUUCUGUCCAUGAAAAAAACCAGGCUGGCGAUACAGCACUUCAUGUAGCUGCUGCUCUGAAUCAUAAGAAGGUGGUCAAACUGUUGUUGGAAGCAGGAGCUGAUGGUACAGCCGUUAACAAUGCUGGUCAGACCCCGCUAGAAGUUGCCAGAGAACAUGACAACCCUGAGGUUGCUCUUCUGCUCACUAAAGCCCCACAGGUCUUGCGCUUUAAUCAUGGAAGGAGCCUGAGGAAGAGGAGGGAAAGACUGAAAGAGGAACGGCGUGCUCAGUCUGUACCAAGAGAUGAAGUGGUGCAAAGCAAGGGCAGUGCCUCGGCUGCUGAUGACACUCACAGCAGUGACCAGGCCCUUCAGGGGAGAGGUGACAUGAAAGAGGAAGCACAGUUGCCUUUAUCAGAGCUCAGAGGGAGGAAGAAUAAAAAGAAGAAACCAAGAGAAAAGGUUUUGGCGCUCUCUGAACCCACAUCACCAGCUGAUCAGCAAGUGCCUCCUAACCCACAGCAGAUUUUGCCAAAACGCAAGAGCAAGCGCCGCUGCGCAUCUCCUCCACCUCCCCAUGAAUUCAGAGCCUACCAGUUGUAUACACUUUACCGUGGAAAGGAUGGAAAAAUCAUGCAGGCACCAAUAAAUGGAUGUCGUUGUGAGCCACUGAUAGAUAAAGUAGAGAACCAGCUGGCAGCUGCUGUGGAAGAAAUAAAAGCGGAGCUUGUGACAGCGCAGGAUAAGAUGAAUAGCAAACUAGGUCAAAUGGAAAACAAAACUCAGCAUCAGCUCCGUGUUUUAGACAAAUUGAUGGCAGAGAGGCUGUCAGCAGAAAGAACAGAGUGCCUUCAUCGUCUGCAGGAGCAUGCAGAGUUGGAAAGGCAUGAAGGGGAGAAACGCCAGAUAUCGUUGGUGGGGGAACUGAAAGCUUGGUGCAUGCUAAAAAUUCAGAACCUGGAGUCGAAGCUUUCUGGAGACUCUAGAUCCUCAAGGCCAAAAUCAACUCUGUCUACAUGUGAGUCACUCGCUGAGACUUUGGAUACAGAGAACCUUCCUUGUACGAAGGACUGUAAAGCUAGCCAAACCCCACUUCAGUCGGAUGGUUCGCAGCAACAUUCUUGCACUGUCCUUCAGAAUAGUGUCUUGGAAGAUACUGGAAGAAGUAGAGUGCCCACAACAGAACAGAGCUUUGGGAAGCAGUAUUUUGUUCAAGAAGCCAACACUCCAGGAACAGAGCAACAGUUAGUUGGUGCUGGCCCAACUCCAGCUGCAGUUUCUCCUCAAGUUGUAAGGCCCAAAGACAAAGCAACUUUCAGCAGAUUGAAACAAGAACUGCCACCAUCCGAAUACUCAGGCUCCAAAUUGAGACAUGCAAAGCUACAAACUGUUUCCAAGACCCCUACCGAAUUUACAAAGACUGAGGCAGAGAGAGGCGGCUGCUUUAUAGAUAAAGGAACUCAAACGAAGAGGUCUGGCAGAAGUGGUCAGCUGAAGCACAGGCCUCAGCAACAUGCAGGCACCCACUCUGCAGAGCAGCCACCACAGCUGCCACCACCUGCUGUCUCUGGAGGAAAAGAGGUCAGCCCUCAACUUGCAGGCACUUCUCAAGCACUGGAAAUCACACAGUACUUUUUUGAGGCUGUAUCCAGCCAGAUGGAGAAGUGGUAUGAAAGGAAAAUUGAAGAAGCUCGGAGCCAAGCUGACCAGAGAGCCCAGGAAGAUAAAGCACUCCUCAAAGAACAUAUAAAAAGUUUAGAAGAGGAACUCUAUAAGCUAAGGACUAAAGUGCAGAAGGAACAUUAGCAUUUGCCUGCUCUCAUGAAAUGUUGCAAGGAAACUGAUAAUUUUCACAAACAGCAGUUAAGCUACUUUUAUUGGAGUUUUACACUUCUUGGGGAUUUGUGGCCUUUCCAGAUUAUAAGGAUUUUUGCUCGUGCAUUGAUCACAAGGGAUGCAGAUUGCUGCCCUCCAAGUAGCACUUGUUUUGUACAGAAACUGCAUUGAAUUUGUCUUCCCCUGUUGAAAAAGGAAACGUUUCUUUUAUCCCCAUACAGUGUGCUAGUGGUGAUAGUAUAAUACGGAACGUAGUUGCGUGGCUUUUCAGUGCUGAUGAUGCAGCUCUCCAGUAUGCCUGUGCCAUUUUUAUGAAUAUUGUAAAGUUGUAUUUUAUAUGUAUUUAAGACAUGUUUUUGAAGCGGAACAUUCUCUUGCUCUACCAUAUGUGCUCAUGUAUCUUUUUGAAAAUAAAAGAAUUAAGCGCCCCAAAGGCUACCUCUUCCUCCUUCAUAGGACUGCACUGCCAUUUUAUGAAUCCUACGGGUUCCCCUACCCCAAAACAGAUAGAGUAGCCUGUAUGGGGAACUGUGUGCUAACAGGUCAUGCGAGUGAUUUCAAGCCCUAUCUAACACUUUGUGCUGCCCAUGUGUACUUCUGUCAUACUGUCUUACUGAUCAGCUCUUUGGGAUGGAGGUGCUGAGGUUUUAGCCUUUCCAACCAAAAAGCUAACUGGCAUACUUGCAGCCAGAAAUAACAUACAUACAUACAGUGGGACCUCGACUUACAAAUUUAAUCCGUUCCGAAUGCACACUCGUAGGUCGAAAACUUCGUAAGUUGAGUUUCCCAUAGGAAAAGCGGUUUCCCAUAGGAAUGCAUUGGAAACGGAAAAAAAUUGUAAGUCGAGGAAACCGCAUCUAGCUGUGAACGGGUUUUCCGUUCGUAUGUCGAAAAAAUUGUAAGCGCGCAGCCACUUUUUCCGCUCGUAAGUCGAAAACGUCGGAUGUCAAGUAGUUCGUAAGUCGAGGUCCCAC